UGGAGGGGAGGUAAGUAGAACGAAAUGUCCGCCAAGGAUUUCACUUCUAGCUAUUAAAAAAUGAAACAACAUAAAUUUUGUUUGAUUCAAUUUUAAAUUUUCCCGUCGAUUGAUUGGAUCGACGUGCUCGGUCUCAGGUCGACACGUCAGCUCCUUGUGAAGAUGCUUCGGCGAGUCCCAAACAGGGCGAAACGCGCAUCCUGGAUUCCACUGCUAGUCACCAUCCACCAAUUAACUUCUGACAUAAAUUUUAACUUAAGACAUCAUUCUUAAUAGAAUCCUAAAUUUAAACAGAGACCUAGGUCAAAUAAAGUCAUACUACAUGAAGCUCAAAGUUCCACCAAUAUAAACUUUUUAAAAUUUUAAAAUUUCUGACUUUGAAGCCAAAUUCAAGCACCUACAUCGUCAUAGUUAAAGUGAAGGUAACGGUUACGAACUCAGUACUUCAGUGAUGCUUAAUUGAAAAAAAAUCUCGGAUAUAUACUUAAGAGUUCUAAUUCCUUUAAAAUCAACGAUUUUAUCACCAAUUACUGGUGAGUGAUGUUACAUAUAUACAUAGACAUAACACAUUUCGUGAUUGGACUGGAACCAGGAGCCAGUUUAAUUUCAAAUUGUUCUUCUACUUCUUGUGGAUACCUUGUGUUUCUUAUGCUUCUGACUUAUUCUUUUGCACAUUAGGUGAAUAAGUUAUUAUUUAUGAGACAUAAAACUGUCCAUCGGUUAGGAUACUUCGGGCAGUUGCAGUCGAUGUAGAAAAACAAUGUUAUCUUCAACAUGGUGUUAGAUAGCCUAAUACCUGUCCAUGAAGCAAUUGCCAACCAGUUAGGUUACCUCAAGAGGAAGUGACUUUAUUUCUUUUCUAGGAAAUGUAAUCGGAAUGAUUUCAUUGUGAAUUUGCUUUCUUCUUGGUUUACAAGGGAAUUUUAUCCUUCCGUUGGUCAAGAAUAAGUUAGCACAACUAGAGGUGUACAUCUAACCAGAUUCCCAAUAAUUGAAAACUAAACUACUAUAAUUCGCAAUUGUUGGUUUGUAGGAAUUUGAUUGGUUACAUGAUUUCAUUAUGAUCUGUCAUUGGUUAUAGAGACAUUGGAAAACCUGCCAGGGAGUACUGGUCAGUUGUUUCGUCCCAGUUUCGCACUCUUCAUCAGUACGCGCUUACCGCCAGGGUUCGAAGCCAGGACCUUCUGGUUACAAGGCGAGCUCGUAUACCAUUAAGCUACUGCGACCCGGUCCAGUGGCCUAUGAAUUCUAACUUCUGCCAAUACACAAUAUAGCGUGACUCCUAGCCAACACUUGAAUAUCGAUGAGAUGCUCACCAGCGACUUGCCCUAUUCAGGUAGGUAGUUACCCAGGACUCUAGUGAAAAGUCGUGGCCAGUAGGGUGCAGCGGGUCGGGUGUGAGGACAAAUACUCGCCAAAGACAUUGGCUCAAUGGUCUAGGAGCUCACCUUGUACCCAGAAGGUCCUGAGUUCUAGCCCCGGUGGGUGCGUACUGCUGAAGAGUCCCAAACUAGGAUGAAACAGCUAUCCAGUACUAUAAUUAUGUUUAUACCAUUACCUUGAGCGAAAAUUCUGCUACGUUAUGGAAACCUAAGUGAUGUAUAUUUAUACUACUUAGCCUGGGGCUUCCAUUCUACACCAAUUACGCUUCAUUUUAUUAACAGAAUAGUCCUUAUUUAUACCUGCAUGUUGACGUUACAUUUUUAUGAAUUUACUGAGAUUAUUGUGAUAGAGUAGCCUCACUUUUAUCUACUAACAGGAUUUUAGAAAAGUGGAGAUAGUUUACAUUUGCUUGAACUCACAAACAAUUAAAAGAUGGUUAGUUGGUGAGUUCCCGGUGAACAACAUCCAGACUCUUGAUACUGCCUACUACUACACUUUGAUCAAACCAUACUUAAACACUUUGGAAACGUUUAAGUUUUUUAAUAUUACCAACGGACCAUGCACAUGGUCCGGGGUUCGAUCCCCAGCCGUCUCACUCCUUUAUCUCGCUAAGCCAGAAAUAAAAAGAUGGUAAAGAGGAAAGGUUGGGAAUGUGGCUAGCAACCCUAUCCUGUAAAAUAAACACUGCUACAGAAUCUUCGGGCCAUUAGUUUGAAGCCCUGUGUUCCACUGGGGGACGUGAAGGAAAAAAAAUAAAAAUAUUACCAAGUAAUUUGAAGUUUUUUCUUCAUAUACUACUAACAAGUAACCUUAGUAACUUAGGAUAACAUUUUACCACGUUCAUUUUAUUUUAGUCCCUCCACGAGCAGUAUAUGUUCAAUCGUUUCCUGAAGGUUUGAUACCUGAAUCAACCCAGAAAACAUUUAUGUGUCAAACAGAUAGUAUGGGAAGUAAUCCACCAGCUAUACUUAAAUGGCAACAGCUUGAUUCUGCUGGUGCAGUUAUUUCACUUGAAAGUUUGAAGAUGUCUAUACAAGUCGAUUUUAAUAAACAAACCAAUGGAGCUGUUGUUACACGUUCUAAUCUAACUGUUCUCGCCACAAGAGCAUUAAAUGGAAGACGUUUUGAAUGCUCAGUUGUAUUUAACGACUCAAAAACUAUGCUUCGAUCGGAAGGUUUCUUGGAAGUUAUGUGUAAGUUGACUAAUGAAAAUAUUUAAUUUGCGAGUUUUGAUUUAGUAGGUUCUUCACAUUCAAAGUUUGAAACCCGUUUUUGUUCUUUCAGAUAUCAAUAUUAAAAGGAGCUAGAUACAAAACCUCAGGAAUAUUUCGUCACUAAGAUUAUAAGAAAACAGACGCUUUCAGAUCCAGAGAAUCAUAUAAAAUCCAAAACUUUUUCCAAUAAACACAGUUAAACAAAAGUAUAUCAAAGAGUCAAGACCGCAUCCAACUAUUUCACUAAUGAGAUAUUGAGUGUGUACUGAGUUUCCCCUAAUAAUAUACGAUUAACAGCACAGCCAAUCAAUGGUGUUCCAGAAGCUAGUCGUUUGGAACUGACAUGUUCUACGAGUUCUUGUCAUCCACCUGCUGUGAUACGUUGGCUUGAAAUACCACCAGAUAAAAUAAAAGAAAAGAAUAAAAAUACUGAAGAAUUGUUUCAACGAAUAAAUUUAUUUUCAAAUGAAUUAACUGAUCUUGCCCAGCUAGAAACUAAACAAGGUGAUUUUGGGGGAACUAAGGUGUCCAGUACACUGAUUAUUACGAAAACCUACAGGUCUCAACAAAAUACAAUUUUUCAAUGUCUAGUCAAUCAUACAGGAAUGAACAAACCAGUUCUGACUGAACACAGACUACAGAUUUUGUACCCACCAUCUAUUCAUAUCAUCAGUCUUCCUAAUCAACCAGUGACAAGACAAUCUGUUUCAUUAUUCUGUCAAACUAUAGGGGGAAAUCCCCUAAACAACUUGAAAUAUGCAUGGUUUGUAGGCAAAUCAACACAAUUCUCUAGUUUACUGAAUCAAAAAGAUGAUGUCAAACGCUUAAAAGACAAUUCAAAUGAUCAAAUGAUCACAAAUAAUUCACCAAGCUUGUCUACGCCACCAAAUCAUUUCUUAUCACCUCCAUUGCAUACACUCCAAAAACCAGAAUUUCCCAGUAUGAUUCAACUGACAGGUUAUCAUGACUCCUCUUUGAAUUUGACAAACAUUAAAUUAUCACAAGCUGGUUGGUAUGGUUGUGAAGUGUCUGGUGUUGGAGGAAGCUCACACGCAUUACACUAUCUUGAUUUAUAUUAUCAACCCAUAAUGAAUCGACGAACUCAGACUCAUAUAAUGGCACAAGUAGGUGAAUCUGUCACUCUAGCCUUGUAUGUAGAUGCUAAUCCACCGUGGGCAGAAGCUGAAUGGUUUCAAAUAGACACGUAUAAAAAUGAAGUUAGACAAAUCAAUGGUCCACAGCAAUAUAUUGAAUCUCAGGCCUACUUUGAAUCACCAUACAACAACGACGGCUAUCCAUAUUCGUACGAAUCAUGGCCACGUGUAAAAAGAGCAACUUAUCAUCGCCCUGAGUCUCGUUCAGCAGAUUUCUCUGUAGGACGAAAUACGCGUCAGUCGAUUGGGCAAAAAGGAGGACAGAGAAAAAAUAUUUUCGCUUCACGUGGUACUGGUCUCAAUGGUAAUCUCACCUUUUUACUCAGGUUUACAGAAGUUAAGCCUGAUGACUUUGGUACAUAUAUCUGUCAAGUUCGUCAUCAGUUAGGUGUAAAAGAAUUCACUUUCUACUUGAUCAAAAAGUCUGGUGCUGGAGUUAUAACGGAGGAUUCAAUCGAGAUUAUUCAUCAUGGAUCAACUACAAGCAUUUUAUUUAACCCUCCAAUGAAAUCCUCCUUUACCAGGCUUAUACUACGCGUCUGUCGACGUGAUGCUUACAUAGCAAAUCCUUUACACUUGGAUAAAUCACCUGUCAGUAAACAACAUGUUAGACAAGAUGUUCAAUACCAGAAGAGAGUUAAAAGAACUGUCAACUCGGGGAAUACAACAAACCAAAAUGAUCUGAAUCGACUAGACAAUACCCAACAAAUGAUCAGUUCUCGAUCUGUUGGAUGUGAAGAUUAUCAUGUGGCAAAACCUUGGUUAGGAAAAAUGGAAGUACACUUAUCUGAUGCUAUUCAACUGUAUAAUUUCAGAUUCCUUUUAUUUCAAGGCACUAAACUUCUACAAGAAACAUCUCCUAUAUUAUGGCAGCCAGAAAUAGCUAAAGAUCGAGGCGUUUUCAGUAAAUCGUUGUUGGCGUUAGCUGUCACUGGUGGAUGUGCACUGGUGAUUGUAUUUCUUAUCACAGCAAUCAUAUUCUACUCGUGUUAUGGGAGAAAGAAACGCAGUUCAUUACAGUUUUGGAAUAUCAAAAAAAGCCCUAAAUCAAGUACCUCUCAUCUGUCAAACAAAAAAGUGGAUGUUCGAAAUCCUACAGGAUCUGAAUUAGGCUUUGAACUUCACAGUGAUAUUGGAUCUGUGCGUAGAUAUCAACCUGAAAUCCCUUACAAACAAAGCGUUAAAAAUGGCUCGUUUAUUUCGCAUGGAUAUGAAAAUUCUUUGAAUGGAACUCAACAUUUCAGCGCUUUACAAGCCUCUUCAGGAAUGAACAUCGGAUUUGACGGGAAUAGUAGUAUUGAUAAUGAAUGUGCUGCUUUACUGCAUAGUCGUAAUUCUGUAGCCAGUAGUAGUCAAAGUGCUCAUAUGAAUCUAAUAAAUAGUCGAAUAUUCGCUGAAGCAUAUGCUGCUGCAGCAAGAGCAGCGGCUUCUGUAGUCAGUGGUAGUACUGAAAUCUAUUCACCUAGUACACAAAUGACAAAUGAUCUGAGUACACAUACCAAUGAAGAUCGGCAUAAAUCACAGAAUUCACUUAUCACCUAUCCAAUGAAUUCAGAUAUGCCUAACGAGCUAAUGGUUACAUCAAAAGAGACAAAUAUGAGUUCAGAAAAUGGUGGUGAUUCAAAGAAAAGUAACAAUGUCAACAAUGCGAGUCUGUAUUCGAAGAAUCGGGAUAAAAUUAAAGUCGGUCAAUUCAAUAAGUUUAAACAAUCAUUUCAAGGCAGUAGAAAAUCUUCAAGACUUAGUUUAUCUGGUCAACCAGCAGAGCCUCGUGGAUCCCAUUUAUCUGUUCAUAUGCCUUCAUCAAAACAUCCAUCGAAUUAUUCCCAGUGGAGUAAUGCAUCUGGUACAUCCUAUUCUAGUUUAGUAAGUCCAAGUCAAACAGAUUUACAAGUGACAGCACAAGUGGCUGCAGCUGCAGCAAUUGCAUCAGUUGUAGAGAAUAUGAGCUUUGGUUUAGCUAUGAAUCAUGCUUCAUCUCUUAAUAAUGUUGGUGGUUUUUGUCUUCUGCCCAGGCCAUCAUCAAGAGCUGCAUCAGUUACAGGUCCACCAGGAAGAUGUAGGCCAGGGAACGGAAGUGAAGAUGGAGAGAGUAUGAAAUAUGCAAUAUUUACACCAAGGAAUACUUCAACUGGGCAAGCUACACCAACUGCCAGUGUUGAUACUAUUGAUCCUAAUUUACAAAUAUCAACUCCAAGUCCCGUUUCACAACAACAAAAUCAAUACCCCACUGAUUCAGACAAUCCUAAGAAUCAACUUCAAUUAGAUAACCAACAUAUGAGUGCAAAUAUAACUUCUCAAUUCAAUGGUGCUGCGCCUACGAGAUAUGAUGAUCGAUAUAAUUUAAAUUAUAACCAAAAUCGUUUAAUUGAACCGCAUAACAUUGGAAAUCCAUAUCAACACCACAAUCAACAUCAUCACCAACAGUACUAUUCACCGAAUCAACAACAAUUAUAUGCUGUUCAUGGAAUACGUGGACCAUAUUCAACAUUUAUUAAUCCAAUGAAUACAACGGUAACAGCAACAGCAACGGCAUCCUCAUCUUCUCCUUCUCCUAUCCUCAAUGUCCCUGAACAAAAUGCUUCAUUAAUGGCUUAUUAUCGUAUACUAGCACAAAAUCAAAUGUUAAAUAGACAUAAAUUACAACAAUUUCAUCAACAUCAGUUAAUACAACAACAACAGCAGCACCAAAGACAACACCAACAAUACCAACAGCUAAAUCAAAACAGAAAUGAUCAAUUAAAGUCGAUGAUUAAUGCGAAUAAAAUUCAACAGCAGCAACAACAACAAACGAAUCUGUCCAAAAACUCAUCACCGACAUCAGAUCAAGCAGAUCAUCAUAAAAAUAAUCCAGAGCAACAACAGAUAGACUUAAAACUGACUCAAGAAACUGAAGCAAUCGAUAGAAAAACAACUAAUCAGACAACAGACAAGCACACUGAUGAAUCUAACAGUGGUAAACCAAUUUUGGUGAUGUCGAACAGUCAAUACGACGGAAAUACUGUAAACAAAAAUCAUCAGAAAUCAUCUAGUCAAACCAGUGAACUUCAUAUUGCAGUGUCCCAAUCCCAAGUGAUGUCUAUCAAUGAAUCGGAGAAAUCUAUAAAAACUGAAAUGAAUGAUAAAAAUCUUACGGAAUUUAAUCAACCAGUGUAUUUUGAUGGUAAUCAAAAGCAUUUACCUGAAAAUAUGUCAUCAGUUCAGCCAGAUAGUUGUCAAGAUUCAAUAUCUGGUGAUUUACUACCUUCAAAAGAAUCACCCUCUUUAUUACUGAAUGGUAACAGAAUGGUUAAUAAUGUUGAUAUAUACAAUGGUAGUACAGAGCAUUGUACUGAUAACAAUAACACUAGAAGUAAUACUAAUAAUCCACUCAGCAUAACUACCAAUUCAGAUGCAUAUUAUGACAGAAUACCACAGCAUAGCUAUCACCAUCAACAACAAUAUCAGACAGUCAACGGUAUGGAACUGAAUGAUUCGCAUACAAAUACUUCUACUACCAGUGACAACCAUUCACCCAGACAACAACAACACCAACAAACUCAACCUUCAACAUACUAUCAAAAUACACUUACAACAACACCAACCCAUAAACAACAACCUCGUUUAGGCAUACAUUCACCAGUAAGAACAAAUCGUUAUUUAAAUCCUACAGAACAAAGUGCAUUCAAACAAAUCAAUGUUAAUUUAGAUAAGUCAAUAAUUCCGCCAGGAAGUAUUAUUUCAAAUGAUACUGAUAUUAAAUUAACCAACGAGAAUCAGUCAAAUAACAAAGAUCAUUUAUCUAAUGAAAUAAACAUGCAUUCAAAUGCUGUUGCCUAAUUCUAAAAACAAACAAACAAACAAAAAACAAAACAAAUCUAGGUUCAACCAUACACAUAACACAUUUGUAUUCAUUUCCACUGGUUCAACAAAAACUCUUCAACGAUAAUCAUUAUUUACAAAGUGUACAGAAGACAUUAAAUUUUAUUCUAAGUAAGACAAAAAUAAAAACACAACCUAAAAAUCAAUUAGGAUUUGACAAUUUAUCUCUAAGAUGAGAAAGUAGAUAGAUAUUGAGUAAUAAUCGGCUGGAAAUGAUGAAAGAAAGAGCAACAAAAAAAGGAAAUUCUUUACUAGGCAUUAAAAUAUUGAAUUUAUUUUCAUACAAAUCUAGACAAAUAUCUCUCAUCUCUCUCUCGUAUACACAACAUCUUAUAUAAUUCGUGAUUUGUGUUUUUCUUUCUUUUGUUGUUUUUGCCACGAUACAACCAUUGUAUAUCUAUCUCUCUCUCUCUUGCAUCACAAUUCGUAAAAUUGUAUCCUUCAAAAGAAUUAAUGUAAACUAUUAAAAUGUAAUUAUUUGCUAUUGUUGACUUAUUGAGUUUCUUUGCUAAAGCAAAUAACAAAUUCAACAAAAAAGAAAGAAAUAUUUACGUGCAACUAAAUAUUCCCGGAUAUUUCUACACCAGUACACACCGUCCCUAAGUGAGGUUACAAAAGCUGUCACUAGUCGGAAACAAGGUGAAGCAACAGGACCUGGUGGUAGAGACUAUUUAAAUCUGCGUUAACUAGGGUAUUAGGUAGCAUACGGGAAUCAGAGGUAGUCCCGUCGACCUGCUGUAAGUCAUUGAUUAUCACGAUAUCCAAGAAGGGAGGCAAGUCUUACUAUGAUAACCACAUGGCGGGGGAGGGGGGGGAUUAGCUUGACGAAUAUGGUAUCCAAAGUUCUAGACUCAAUAAUAAUGCGUAGACUAGGCGCUGCUCGACCAGGAAGAGGGUGUACUGAUCAUAUAUUCACCCUUCUCCAGAUUCUGGAACAUUGGCAUACUUACGGGCACCCAAAA